AUGGCCGCCGCCGUGGUCACCGUCACUACGAAUCUCCCUCGUCGCCACCAUAAACACUACCCAAAAAUUUCCUUCCCCUUCCUUACAAAUUCCAAUCUCACCUUCCCCCUCUCUGGAAUCGCUUCCCCUGUUGCCAUGCCCAUCUCCACAAUACCUCCCCACCUUCCAGAUCCUUCCCCCUUCGAAUCGCACCUCAUCCCCAUCAAGAGGACCGAGAGGGCGUCUUCUUUUCCAAUCGCACUUCAUCGAGAUCCUCUCGCCACCAGAGCGGCGACAAUCCCUGCAAUUUCGGCUCAGUUCCAGAUCGGGUUUUUCGUCCUGGUUUGA